CGCGAUCUGCCGCCGGCUGAAUCGCCAUCCCUGCGAGCGUGUCCAUCCUUCUCGUUCUUGGCCACACAUCAAGAUGAGCAAGCUGCUGUGCGCCGUCUCACCUCUCCUGCUCCCGCUCCUCCUCGUCGCGAACCUGGGAUCGACAUGGGCACUGACCCCCUCCUCCCUGACCGGCCUCUCUGCCCGGCGCUACGACUCCAUCUUCAGCUUCGGUGACUCUUUCGCCGACACCGGCAACAACCCCGUCGUCUUCGCCGAGAACGGCGUCCCCGACCCCGUCACGCGCGCUCCCUACGGCUCCACCUUCUUCGGCCGCCCCACCGGCCGCAACUCCAAUGGCCGCCUCAUCAUCGACUUCAUCGCUCAGCGCCUGGGACUCCCGCUCGUGCCGCCGUCCCUUGCGCAUAACGGGAGCUUCAACUGCGGCGCCAACUUCGCCGUCGGGGGCGCCACCGCUCUCGACGCCGCUUUCUUCCACGGCGGCAAGUUCCCCCUCAACACCAGCUUGGGCGUGCAGCUGGAGUGGUUCGAGUCACUCAAGCCGUCGCUCUGCCACACUACCCAAGAGUGCAAGGACUUCUUCGGCAGAUCCCUCUUCUUCGUGGGCGAAUUCGGGGUCAACGACUACCACUUCUCGUUCCUCGCCAAGAGCGUGCAAGAGGUCAUGGCGUUUGUUCCGGAUGUCAUCGGUACCAUCUCCACGGCCAUCGAGAGGCUGAUCAAGCACGGGGCGACGAGCUUCGUCGUUCCGGGGACAAUCCCAUCAGGUUGUGUGCCGCCAAUUCUCGCCAUGUUUGCCGACAAGGACCCAGCUGCAUACAACUCCACCACCGGUUGCCUGGAGGAUUACAACAAAUUAGGGAUGCACCAUAACUUGCUGCUACAGGAGGCCCUAGAGAAGCUCCGGGGAAAGCACCCAAACACAACGAUCAUCUACGCCGACCUCUACGGCCCCAUCAUGGAGAUGGUCGAGUCGCCUCGCAAGUUUGGGUUCGAAGAAGAUGUUCUUACCAUCUGUUGCGGAGGGCCAGGGACACUUUUCUGCGGCGAUGAAGGUUCGUACCUAUGCGAGAAACCGUCUGCUCGUCUGUUCUGGGACGGCGUUCACUUGACCGAGGCGGCUUACCGCUACAUCGCCGAUGACUGGCUGGUCAGCAUAGUCUCCCCUACAAUAGAAAGCAGUUAUCAGUCAGUUAGAUGACAACUGCUCGGAUUCAUGGAUUGAUGGCUAUGUGGAGCCUGGACUGUCUGUAACACUACGUCAAGGAACCGAGGAACAGCGGAAGCAACCGGAGGCUCACACUACAAAAUGAAACAGAAGAAUCGAAGCUCCAAGACAAACUAGCGGAUAAACUUCUUUAUGCUAGCUGUAACAUUGGCACAUUGGUUUAUGUUAGAAAUUACCCAAAGCUGAUGAUCUGAUCUGGAAAUUCCAGAUCAAAUCUGAGCCACAAAUGGAUCUGUAUAGUUCAGUCUGACAUGUCGUUAACAAAUAAGAAUCUAGAACCGUACUGGCAAGUAUCUUCCACACAUGGCCAAUUGUGAUCCUUAUAUUCACAAACAAGAUUUUUUCAU